CUUCAUCACGUGACCGGCAACACCGAGACUCUAUUGAUAAACUACCGCUAUUGUAGUGCUUGUAGUUUAUGGACAUUAUAGACCAUCAGGAUGCAUAGAAGUUAUCAAUCCAUCCUUCCUACCCACAAUAAACUUCUUCAAAAGAAGUGGGACGAUACAUACUACAAUGAACAUCGAAGAAAGGUCAGAACAGCACAUUCAAUGGUUGACACAAAGGCCCCACCCACAUACAUGCAUCUUCAUUUGAAAUUGAAGAAGUUACAGCUAGAGGAGGAGAGACUGGCCACAAUUGAAAGAGACAACAGGAUCCUAUUAGAAAAGAUGUCGUAUGUAAUGAGGACUCGAGGACGGGUAGACAAUAGGAAUAAUUAUGAAUAUAAAAGUUUAAAUCGUGAGAAGCGCCAGCGAGAGUUGUUGCGUGUAACGAAAGAGAAUCAGAGCAUCCUCACCCGAAUCACAAGUCGGGAGCCAGAAUACAGUGUGCAGCGCUGGAACACACAAUGGGAUGAUAACCAGAAGUUCAUGGACAACAUCGCUCACUUCCCCAAGGACUGGUGGGUGACACAGCGAAAUGACAGAGCAGAAACAGGAAAAUCACGUGAAAAAUCAACGGUAUCAAAGAGGGCAGCCUCAUCUCAAUCACAAUCCAAGUCGGAGGAGGGGAAGACAAAGUCUCCGGAACCCAAAGUUCAAAAGAAGGAGGAAGUUAAGGAAGAGCAACAAGAAACAAAGAAAGAGGUGGAGCAGGAGGAAGAAUAGACCAAUCAAAUCACUCCAUAAUCCUGAUUAUCAUUUUACUUUCGGACCCAGCAGGGACGAAUUAAGACUCUGAUAACGGACCAAGAACAUACUUACAAAGCAAAAUAUAUGCGUACUCAGUAGAAAAGCAUUAUUUAUCAGUUAAACAGACUCUUUGAUUGGCUUAACUGAUGGGUCUAUGUAGAUUGAAAGAAAGGUUAUCCAGAAAACACAUAUCUGGAUAUUUAUAGGACAGACAUGCCCUGUUUUGCAGUUGUCAAUCCAUUUAACUGCCACCAAUUACACUUGUAGUCCUCAAUGAUACAACAGUGGUAUUCCUGAUCUUCAUCAACUCUCGAUGAAGCGACAUGGUCAGGACAGCUGUGUUAGGUACAGCGACUUUCCCAUGUGUGUGCGAGAUUUGUUCGGAAUGUUUGCGGCCAUACAUGCUAAUGUAUGCAGAAUGCUCGUUAACUUAAGCACAUUGAGUUUGCUGUUUUAAACUAUCACUGAUGUCAAGAGAAUAUUGGAACCAAAUAUAGGAAAGUUUGAAUGUUCUGAUAUUUGUUUUCACUCGCCUAAUAACUAGUGUCAUAUCACCAUUUUUACACCUUUUAAUCUUCUUUAAUAUUUUUAAUACCUGGUCUAAGUAAUUACUGUGAAUUUCUCUUCCUAUUUUUCAGAAACCUUUGCUCCUUUGAUGUACAGGUAGAUAAUCAUGUACUGUACAUGGAUAUUGUAUAAUUUCUAUACUUAAAACUGUGACAUUUAUUUUCACAGAUAUUCUAACAUGGACAUGAAGGUAUUUGUAGAUCUAAAUCGAGGUUCAUCUGGUUUAAUUACUGUAAAUCAAUAAAUUUUUGAGAGAUUUAUUUUCGCUUUCGUCUAUGAAAAAGGCCAAUCACAAAUUAAAAUAUCUCACAAAUAUUUACAGAGCAACAAUUAUAUUUCAUUACAAAACAAAAGCUUGUUUUACUGAAGCUUAGGGUUAGGGUCAGAUAACAGUGAAAUUUCAACUACCAAGUUUUGAAAAUACCUCCAGAAAUAUCAGUAUUUUUGUGCAUACCUAACGAAUCAAGUAAAUUUUAAUCCUAUAUGUAUAUUUGAUUUUCAGUAUUAUUAAAUAUGAAAACAUCACUGAUUUAAGUAUUACCGUGGAGUGUCGUUAAGUUGAUGAAAAUGGAUACAUUGGGGUCCUUAACAAUAUAUUAAUUCAAAUAAGGCCUAAAUAUUUCUGGUACCUGUAUUUAAUAUAUCUGAAUAAGGAUGAAUGGCAACAGAAUUAAAAUGAGAUGGUUUUACAAGUAAGUCAGUAAGUCAUUUUUUUUUUAAUUAUUUGAUUGUUAUAUUGUUAGAAAAUUAGACGUUUGUUUUUUGUUUGAUUGUAUUUCAUAAGUAUUAAUUUUUUAUUGUGAAUUUUAAGAUGAACUUUCAGCGUUGCGAGUAUUUUUUUAACAUACCAGGUACAUUAUGGACAAUUUGGAUUAUUAGUGCCAGGAUAUUUUUUAAGUACACUCUUACAGAUUUGGUCAAAUUUUUGUCAAGCAAUAAUGAUUUGUUUCUGGUCAUUUAGUGUCAUAAUGUUGAGUUAGUGUCAUGAACAUGAGACUGACCACAGGAAUGUGUAUAUGAUAAUUCCGAAAUUAAACUUCCAAAAUGAAGUCCAAGUGAAACUAAGUGAAUCGUUUUGGUGUUAGACCUCACAACUAUGGUCAGAAAUUCAAAUUCUAGUGAAUUACCAGACAAUGUGAUGUUCUUGUAUAUACAUGUUUUUUCUCAGCUAAAUAUGAAAUGAUAAAUACUGUUUUGUAUUAACAUUUUGGAAGAUACCAUCCCAUAAUGCUACCAAGUUUACCAAAUGAUGAUUUCUAAGGAUCCUGUUCAGAAUUCAGAGGAAAAAAAAAUCAAAAUGAAAAGAUUAAAGCUAAUGAAUUAUGAUUUGCAUAGUCUUGGAAAGGAAGCUGAAUUACGUCUUUAAUAUUUUUUUCUUUCAUAUCUAUAUACACAUAUAAUUGCUCACAGGAAAAGGGUAUCGCUUUGCAUAAUUAUUUAGUACUGCAGGUAACUAAUCGAAGGGAGAUAACUUACAUGUUAAACACUGUGAUAUUCUGUAGAAGUCUUGUGCUACUUCGGUAAGCAGUUUGUAAUGACUUUGGUUUUGUGUUCAACCAAAUUUCAUUUCUAUAUGGAAAAGAUGUUCAGUUUGUAUAUGAUUUUAUCUUUAAUUAAUGACUCAUUAAUUACAGUCAGUAAUACAUGAUGGACAUUAUAGAAUACAGAAUCAGAGUUACUACACGCUGAGGGUGAAGUAGUUGGUUUCUAGUUUUUAUAUAUUGUUUUUACUUCUUUUUUUAUUACACUUUUACUUAACAUUGAUUUCGUUUGUGAUGAUUAGAAAAAAAUCCAGGAGAAAUAUAUGAUUCAGUUCACUUUGGUAUGUUAAUUGAUUGAUUGAUUGAUAGGUUUUAAGGCCACUUCACUACAGAUUAUCUGGUUAUCCAGCAGACAAUCGGUAUGUUAAGAAAAAAACAGGUUUAUAGAGAAACAAAUACAAGAGGCCUUUGAAAUUAUUCAUUGUAGGCAAAAGUUGUUAUGUUUAAUGCUCACAAGAUAAGUCCAUGUCAGUUGAUACAAUUAUGACUUCGUUACAGCCUGAUUUUAUAUUAAGCUUGUUCGUAAGUCAUAAUAAACCUGUUUUACUGGAAGUAUUAUUACGAAAUCAUGACAAAAUAUCAUUAAGUGUCACAGAAUUUCCCAAUAUCUUGAUUAUUAAAUCCAUUCAUUUUCUUUCUCAUUUCUUUCAUAACAUACUUAAAACUAAUUUAGUGUAUAAGCUAGAUGUGUGUUAUUUGUUUGUAUUUUAUAUAAAAAAGACUUCUAAUUUGUGAAGAAGCAAUUUUUCAUCUGCUUCAAACAUAAAUUGAUGAAAUAUACAUUAGCAGUUAUGAUAUAUAUACAAUGUAUAUAUUAUAUUAUAUACCCUGUGACACUGUAGUUAAAUAAAUAAUCAUCCGAUAAUGUAUGCUAAUAAUAAAUAUAGUAAUUGCCCUGAUAAGCGCCCUAGGCUCUUGGCAAUUAAGAAAUUAACAGGAUUGCAGAUCCUCCCGCAAUUCUUAUAAAAUAGCCGUAAUGAACACUUAGUUCAAGUAAGUCCGUAAAUUAUGGUGAAAAGAUGGGACAUUCAGACCAAAGAUAGGGUGCUUAAAAGGAUGGGGCACAUAUUAAAAGUACAGUACUCCUUUUCAGUAAUUACAUGUACUUGCUUAACCAGGUUUUUAAUGAAAUAUGUAUAAAAGGAAUUUUCACAAUUCAAAUUAGUGACAAUUCUAGUUCAUAAGUACUGAAAAUUUAUUUUUUACAUCAUACUUUCAGUAACUAAUGUAUUUAGUAUUAAGAGUAACCAAGGCCCAAUUCAACGGUUUUUAUAUAAAAUACAAAAUUAAAAAAAUAGAUUUUCAUUAUUUCAUCGAUCUGGACUAGGAGCCUACAAGUUUCCAGAAAGAAUAACUAUAUAUACUUGUAAUUUUGUAUUCACAAUAUCAAUAUAAUAUGCUCAAGCACUUUUCAGUAUUCUGUGUGUUAACUAUACCAGUAGUAUUAAAUCUCCGUGUAUAAGUUCUGUGAUAUAAAAAAUUGUCUUUCCUCAACAUUAUAUGUACAAACUUCCUGAAGUCCCUACAGUAUGUAAUCUGUGCUUUUGUUUAUAUAUAUAUCAAUGACAUUUAGAGCUGUGUAUCUGAAAAGAAAUGAACUGAUACAAAAACAUGUUUGUUGUAUGGUAUUAUUGAGCAUAUAUAGUAUUUAUAUAUGCCUCCCAUUUACUUAGUGUAAAACUUUUAAAGCAAUAAAAUUCCAAAAUACAAAAAUUA